GUUUUGGACCAUCAGGUCAGUUCAAAAUCACUGUUUUCUACAAAUUCCCAUUUUCUGAAUUCUUCAAGAUAGGAAUAGAAGAAAAUACUAAACCAAGACAAUGAGGCUAAAGACGCUUUUACUGAAGGAGCCCAAGCAUACUGACCUGGUCAGUUGCUGUGGAUGGACAACAGCUGAUGAGCUCUUCUCGGGAGCAGAUGACCACAAGAUCCUGAAAUGGAGCCUAACAAACAAUGAGACAACUACUGCAGUGACUCUACCCAAUGAUUUCUACCCCCUGGACAUGCACUGGUUUCCCAAGGGCAGUGGAGGAGGGAAGCAGAAGGGGUCGGAACUGUUUGUUUUGACUUCAACUGAUGGUAAAUUUACUUUGAUCAACCGAGGCGGUCGCAUUGAGAAGAACGUCGAGGCCCACAAGGGAGCCGUCUUGGCUGCUAGGUGGAGUUUUGAUGGUACUGCUCUGGUGACAGCUGGUGAAGACGGACAGGUCAAGAUCUGGUCGAGGAGUGGGAUGCUGAGAUCAACCCUGGCACAAAACAGUUCUGCAGUGUACUCCGUUGCCUGGGGUCCAGACUCUGACCAAGUCCUAUUCACAUCGGGCAAACAGCUUGUGAUCAAACCGCUACAGGCCAAUGCCAAACCACAAAUGUGGAAAGCCCAUGAGGGCGUCAUCCUGAAAAUAGACUGGAACCCCGUCAACAAUCUCAUCCUCUCUGGUGCAGAGGACUGUAAAUAUAAAGUGUUUGACAGCUAUGGCCGCUUGAUGUACAUGAGUUCCACACAUGACUAUCCCAUCACAUCGGUCAGCUGGAGUCCCGAUGGAGACCUGUUUGCUGCUGGUUCAUACAACACGCUGAGGCUGUGUGACAAAGCCGGGUGGUCUUAUGCCCUAGAGAAACCCAACACAGGCAGCAUCUUCAACUUGUCAUGGUCUGGUGACAGUACGCAGGUAGCUGGGGCUUGUGGAAAUGGUCAGGUCAUCUUUGCAACAGUUAUUGAGAGGAGACUUGAAUGGAGAAAUUUUGAGGUGACCGUCACCGGUAACAAGACCAUCCAAGUGAAGAACGUGCUGAAUGAUGUUUUGGACAAGUUAGAUUUCCGAGAUCGUAUCAUCAAGGUGUCGAUAGCUUUCAGCCACCUGGUUGUGACCACUGCAUCCCAGUGUUACGUCUACACUACCAAGAAUUGGAACACCCCCAUGAUAUUUGACUUGAAAGAGGGCAAUGUCACAUUGAUCAUGCAAGCAGAGAAGCAUUUCCUUCUGGUGGACAGCGUGGGUGUCCAGGUCUACUCAUAUGAAGGUCGCCUCAUUUGUAGUCCAAGAUAUCAGGGGAUGAGGACAGAUAUUCUCAACUACCAGACCGUCUCCCUCAGUAAUGACACCGUGGCCAUUCUAGACAAGGCAGAUGAAAAGAUUGUCCAUCUUUUUGAUGCCAACACUGGUAAAACGUUGGGUGAUGGAAAGCCAAUAGUGCACAAGUUGGACGUGUUGGAGAUAGCUCUAGACCAGUGUGGCCCGGCCCACGAAAGACGACUAGCCAUCAUUGACAAGAACAGAGAUCUCUAUUUGACGUCCGUCAAGGUUUUUGGGACGUCUAGAAAGUCAGUGAAAUUGAGUACCAUGAUCAUGUCGUUAUGUUGGAAUGAUGUGACCAACAUGCUGGCAGCCCUAGCAGACGGCAAAUUCAUCGUCUGGUAUUAUCCCAAUGCUGUCUAUGUGGAUAAAGAUCUGUUACCCAAGACGGUCUUUGAGAAAGAUGCCAGCGAGUUUGGAAAAAAUCCGACACUGUUGAGUUUCCUUGGUAAUCAUGUGGCGAUGCGACGAGCGGAUGGUUCGGUAAUUAGCACAGGGGUACCACCGUAUCCUGCCAUGCUCCACGAAUACAUCAACAGCGGCCGCUGGGAAGACGCAGUCAGGUUGUGUCGAUUCUGCAAGAACACUGGGUAUAAGGAUGACACGUUGUGGGCCUGCCUGGCCGCCAUGGCUGCUUACAACAAAGACUUGAAUACUGCUGAAAUAGCCUAUGCUGCCAUCAAUGAGGCUGACAAAGUCCAAUACAUCAUGCACAUCAAAGAGAUUCCGUCCAAGGAUGCCAGGAAUGCCGAGAUGGCGUUAUUCUGUGGCCAGCCGCAAGAUGCUGAGGGCAUCCUCCUCCAGUCUGGCCUCGUCUUCAGAGCAAUCAUGAUGAACAUACAACUAUAUAACUGGGACAGAGCUCUUGAGUUAGCAGUGAAACACAAGACCCACGUCGACACUGUCCUUGCCUUCAGACAGAAGUUCUGCACCGAUUUUGACAAGAAAGAGACCAACAAGAGAUUUGUACAGUAUUCAGAGGGGGUGGAAAUCGAUUGGGAGAAAAUCAACGCCAAGAUCGAACUCGAAUAUCAGAAAGAACGAGAAAGACCAGAACGGGCCACGGCACGAAAAGAAACACGCACAACUCCCAGCGCUUCGACUGGGAGCCGCCUAACUGCACACGGAGACAGCGGACAUAGCGGGGGGCGGACAGCGAGUCCUGGGGAUGCUGGUUCUCGGAGUGCGGCCGGAGGAAGUAGCAGUACGGCUAGUCGGUCACCUCAUCGGUCUGAGGCGACACGUAUAUCAAGUGGGACAAGGAAAUAUUAGUUGAGGGAAAAUCUCGGAGACUUUAGUGUAUCAUGUCGUGGACAAGUUCAUACAUAAAUGUGAAAACCUUUUGGGAAAGAUGCAAGUGGGAAACCAUCAAAGAUGACAAAACAAGGAUUCUAAAUGCUGAAUGAGGAAAAGUUGGAAGUAAAAUUUGUACUUUAUCAGUGUUCAAUAUUCAUUUGUUGACAUGUCGACUGAGUUCUGUACCAUAGUGAUGCCUAAUUGUUAAGACGGGUGUCCUAGGUGAAUAUAAUAUAGCCCUCCAGAUAAAUCCAGAUGUCCACCGAUUCUUAGUUCCGUCCAUUACCAGAUUUAUUUUUUGUACCUGUAUAGUAUUCUUUGUGUGCCACAGUACUCGUCCAUUAUCAGGAAACGUUUUCUCAACAGGAGCAAUGCCGUCCUAUAUAGCCAUGGGCUGUUACUAACUUUGAAGACUGCAUUAGUAAGUGCCUUGUAUUCACUAUUGAGAUAUCAAGGGGAGACAAGAGUUUUCAAAAUACCGUCCAUUUAUUUGAAAACGAAAAUAUUUGUAACUCAGUUUAGACAAAUGAAGAGUGAAAACAAAUGCAAGACCUUUUCUGAAGUGAGAUGUUUCACAUAUUACAGAACAUGAAAUCUCUUCUAUUCACAUAAUGUAAAACUUGUGAAAUAUUGCACCUAUCUGUCUGAUGUCCGUAUCCUCAUUUGUGAGACACUCUGAUGUUAAUGUACCAUUUUGGAGUCGAGAGAAUAAAUGCAAAAGAGUUGAUUUCAUUGUUGGCCUUUUUGUAUGUAGAUAGCCAGAACUAUUGU